CAAAAAAUUUAAAAUAAAAGCAACAACAAUUUAAAAAAAUAGACAUUAUUUCAUUUGAUUACAACAGAUAAAAUAUUACAAUCGUUUUAUUAUUACAUUAAAAAAAUUCAUUCUCUCAACCAUAUUGUAGUCGUACAAAGAAGUGCUUCAUACAUAAUGAAUUUAAUGCGUAAUCUUAGCCGGCUAACGGAUAUCUCCACCAAAUGGUUACCACGAAGAUGCAUCCAAACAUCGACAGCAGCAAAUACAAAACAAAAUCUUACUAUAGAACAUUUAACGGAACGGCAAAUUAUACGAGUGAAGGGUGAUGAGGUUGUACCGUUUCUGCAGGGUCUCAUAACAAAUGACAUUAAACAUUUACAUCCCACAUCGAACAAGGCCAUUUAUGCCAUGUUCCUGAAUAAAGCUGGACGUGUUAUGUACGAUACCAUCUUAUACAGUACCUCAGAACCGACAAAGAUUCUUAUUGAAUGUGAUAAAAGUAUAGCGAAUGAAUUGCAACGCCAUUUAAGACUAUACAGAGUAAGACGUAAAAUCGAUAUAGAUUCUGUGGAUCAGGAAUUUAAAGUGUGGCAAGCGUAUGAAUCUAACAAAGAGGCACAAACACUUCUGGAAGUACUAAACAAAGAGGAUACAAGUGGUUUAACCUUUACCGCAGAUCCUAGACUAAAACAAUUGGGUGUACGUUUAUUGACUAGUGGCGAUAAAACAUUCUCUGAUCUUGCCAAACUAUUUAUGAGUGGUGUUGUUAAUGCCUCUGAUGCUAACAACUUUCGCUCACACAGAUAUAGCCUGGGUGUAGCUGAGGGCAUAAUCGAUAUGCCUCCAGGAAAGUGUUUCCCUUUGGAAGCAAAUUGUGAUAUUUUGAACGGUGUUAGUUUUCACAAAGGCUGUUAUAUAGGUCAAGAAUUGACUGCGCGUGUUCAUCAUACGGGCAUGAUACGUAAACGUCACAUGCCUGUCAAGUUAACAGCUCCUUUGCCUCCAAAUACCACGGCCACCGUACAUAAUGAAUCUGGAGCAAAUUGUGGUACCAUUUAUGGCAGCACAGCUGAUCGUGCUCUUGGUAUGUUGCGUGUAGAAAACGUUUUGAAGGCAAAACAAUUAUUGAUCAAUGGAAGCGCUUGUUCAACAGAAAAACCUCAAUGGUGGCCACAAGAAUUACAAUCUAAUGUAUCUAAAGAUAUUCGCAAAGAUAUUUGAUAUAAAAUUAAGAAAAUCAAAACCAAAGAUAUAUAAUUUGUUUUGUUGUUGUUGUUAUUAUCAAAUAAAUGAAAUUUUAUUCGAAAAAA